AUGAGUUUGAACCAAACUGUGGUGACCGAGUUCCUUCUCCUGGGAUUUUCUACCUCUCCGGAGAGGCGGUUUUUGCUUUUUGUGGCAGUGCUAACCAUUUAUCUGAUCGCUGUGGUGGGAAACCUCCUCAUUAUCCUGGUGACAAUGGUGGAUCCUGUGCUUCACACCUCCAUGUACUUUUUCCUGUCCAAUUUAUCAGCCUUAGAGGUCGGUUACAUCUCGGUCACUGUCCCCAAAAUGCUGGGGAUUCUCAUCUCAGGGGACAAACACAUCUCCUUGGCUGGCUGUGCAGUGCAAAUGUUUUGCUUCCUUUGCUUCGGUGUCACGGAGUCUUCCUUUCUGGCCACCAUGGCGUACGAUCGCUACGUGGCCAUAUGCAACCCCUUGUGUUAUCCCAUGAUUAUGAACAAGAAGGUGUGUGUCCUGCUGGCCACCGCUUCCUGGACUAUCGGCGUCCCAGCCCAGGUGGUGCAGACCGGUUUGGUGUUCUCCUUACCCUUCUGUGGCUCCAGAGAAAUCAACCAUUUCUUCUGUGACUCCGCUCCGCUGCUCUUGCUGGCCUGUGCCGACACCUCCAUGAACGAAAUCUUGACUUACCUCGUGGUCACGCUCUUUGGACUGGUACCCUUUGCCCUGAUCCUGUUCUCCUACACCCGGAUCCUCACCACCGUCCUCAUCAUGCCAUCUGCUGAGGGCAAGAGGAAAAGCUUCUCCACGUGCUCCUCCCACCUCAUGGUCGUGGCUUUAUUCUACGGUUCCGGCAUUGUCUUUUAUUUACAACCCCGGGCUGGGGAAUUUCCAGACAGCGGUAAACUUCUCUCCCUGUUUUAUACUGUUUUACCUUCCUUGCUCAACCCUAUUAUCUACAGCCUGAGGAACAGGGAAAUCCAAACAGCCCUGAGGAGAAAUCUGUGGCGCAAAAUGACCCCUCACUAG